GGCCGAGCCGAGCCGAGCCACCGCAGCACCGCGGGGCCGCCGCUCCGGCCGGGCCGAGCCGAGCCACCGCAGCACCGCCGUUCCGACACGGCCGAACCACCGCACCGCGCGGCCGCCGCUCCGGCCGUGCCGAGGCCCCGGGACGCGGGGCUCCAACGCGGGGGAGGGGAAGUGGGAGGGCAAGGGCCGCUCCCGGCCGGGCUCAGGCUCCGGCGAUGGUUCAAGACACCGCCCCCGGGUCGCCUUUGCCCGGCCCCGCCGCCUCGCUGGGAAAUGGCGGCGGCCCGGUUCUGCUUGUGCCUGUUCCUGUCUCUGCUGCAGCUGCCUCGUGACGCUUUCGCGGCCGGCCCGGGGGCGGCGGGGCCCGGGGAUGGCAUGAAUGUCUUGUUAAUAAUUGUGGAUGAUCUGCGUCCUGUGUUGGGCUGUUAUGGAGAUAAGCUUGUGAAAUCUCCCAACAUUGAUCAACUCGCUUCCCAAAGUAUGGUGUUCAGCAAUGCAUAUGCCCAGCAAGCUGUGUGUGCUCCCAGCAGAGUGUCAUUUCUCACUGGCCGCAGGCCUGACACCACCCGGCUCUAUGAUUUCUACUCCUACUGGAGAGUUCAUGCAGGAAAUUAUUCUACCAUGCCCCAGUAUUUCAAGGAAAACGGCUAUGUGACCCUAUCUGUGGGGAAAGUUUUUCAUCCUGGGAUUUCAUCCAAUUACAGUGAUGACUAUCCCUACAGUUGGUCCAUUCCACCCUUUCACCCUUCAGCUGAAAAGCAUGAGAACGAUAAGACUUGUAGGGGAAAAGAUGGAAAACUUUAUGUGAACUUGGUGUGCCCAGUGAAUGUGACAGAAAUGCCUGGGGGGACUCUGCCUGAUAUUCAGAGCACUGAGGAGGCCAUACGCUUACUGAAUAUAAUGAAAACCAACAGGCAAAAGUUCUUCCUGGCUGUUGGUUACCACAAGCCACAUAUCCCACUGAGGUACCCACAGGAAUUUCUGAAGUUGUACCCCUUGGAAAAUAUCACAUUGGCCCCAGAUCCCUGGGUGCCUGAGAAGCUACCUUCUGUGGCAUACAACCCCUGGAUGGAUAUCAGACAGAGGGAUGAUGUGAAAGCAUUAAAUAUUAGUUUCCCUUACGGAGCACUUCCAGAUGAUUUCCAGCGGCAGAUUCGUCAGAGUUAUUAUGCAGCAGUUUCUUACCUGGAUGUGCAAGUUGGCCUACUUCUGAAUGCUUUGGAUAAUGUAGGACUCGCAAAUAACACAAUAGUAGUUUUUACCGCUGAUCAUGGAUGGUCCCUGGGAGAACAUGGUGAAUGGGCAAAAUACAGCAAUUUUGAUGUUGCUACCCGAGUGCCACUGAUGUUUUAUGUCCCAGGAAUGACAACUUCCCCUGUCAGUCAAGGAGCAAGGGUCUUCCCCUUUCUCGACCCUUUUAACCAUAUUGGAGGCUCAGCACCUCAAGGGCAAAAUAAAAAAGUGGUGGAGCUGGUGUCUCUGUUUUCAACAAUUGCAGAACUUGCUGGCCUGCAGGUUCCUCCUGCGUGCCCAGAGAUGUCAUUUGGUGUUGUGCUGUGCACUGAGGGGACAAGUAUUGUCCACUAUUUUAAUGUCUCUGAAAGAAUGGUGGAGGAAGGCAAGGAAGGGUGUGAUGACACUGACAGAUGUUUUAAGGAAGAACCUUUUGCUUUCAGCCAAUAUCCCCGGCCUGCAGACACUCCCCAGUGGAACUCUGACAAACCAAAGCUGAAAGACAUCAGGAUCAUGGGCUAUUCCGUGCGUACCAUUGACUACAGGUACACUCUGUGGGUUCAGUUUGAUCCCAACAACUUCAGUGCUAACUUUGAGGAUGUCCAUGCAGGAGAGUUGUACAUGAUGGAGAAUGACCCAAAUCAGGAUUAUAACAUCUAUUACAAUACUUCACAUGGUUGGUUUUUCAAAAAAAUUCUUGAUUUUCUAAAGCGCUAGGGUUCAGAAACUUCUUUAUGCCUGUUCUUGCAACUGAAUUAAUGCUUCCUUCUUUUGUAUAAAACCUUUCUGUUGUACAGAAAACAUUUGGAUUGAAUAAAAAUCCUGUUUGAAUCAAAACUAA